GCUGGACAGAGCCACUUGCUGCCAAGGAGAAAAGAGACUAAACCAGCCAAGUCAGACCAGACCAGACCAUCCUCUGGGAUAUCAGGUUCUCUGAGAGAUUCAGUGGAGAGAAGUGCUUGGGAUAAUGGAUUCAAGAAACAUCCUUAUGAUACUCUGCUUUCUGAUGACAUGUUCGUGCCAGCCGUGGGGCACACAGGAGAUGGACAGGUGGCAGCCUCCUCCUAUUGUCUCGUUCCUGAAACAGCUCCAGAAAAUUCAUGGAGGACCUGAUGCUAGAGCCCCUCAGAAACCUGGACCGAAGGCAGAGGACAGACUCACUGGGUGGGCACAGCUGGAGGGACCAAGACAGCAGCUCAACUUGUUUGGGAGCUCCAUUCCUGGGCGCCGUGUUCCCCGGCAACUACAGGCUUCAUCUUCCAUGCGUGGAUGCCACCUUGGUACCUGCCAGAUCCAGAACCUUGCUAAUCUGCUGUAUCGUUAUGGAGGCAACAACCAGAAAGAUGAAUCCCACAAGAACAGCAAGGGAACAACUGAUCCCAUGGGCUACGGUCGCAGGAAACGCCGGGCAGCUGGGCAUGGGGUGUCCACUCCCACAUAAGAAACUGUCCCUGUGCUGAUGAGGGAAAGAUAGCCACCAAAAGAAUCAGGCCCUGGACACCCAUAAGGACCUGAAGAACAGGCUGGUUGACCCCCAGUGCUCGAAGGCUCUGCUUCAGAAACAGCAGUGAAUGCCUACAGAGACAUUAUCUGGGCAGUGGGGGUUGAAGGGAGAAGUGGUUUUUCUUCCAGCUGUGGCAUAGUGUCCCCUAUCCCAUUUUUGGGCAAAAGUCCAUAAGGAUGCAGACCUCAAGAGUGGACAUCUGUCACCAGUCAUGAAGUCAGGAAUUGCCCUCUGCUCUGCAUUGUCCUCAAUGGUUCUUCUGCAAUGGAGCUGUGCUUGCAGUGGUCGAGCCGAUAACCUGCCCCUUCACUGGGACAGCACCAGCAUACUGCUAGAAUGCAGAAUGAAAAAGCUAUAAACCAAACCAGCAGAAAGAAAAGGGGUUGAGAAAUCCCCAGAAAGUGAAUUACUGGAACAACUCGGCAUUAUGGAAAAGGCCCUCUGCAAAGGAGAAGUUGACCUGGUCCACUCGCGCCAUGACAGGCAGGGUACGUGUGUGUGGAGUGGCAUCAAAGGAGUCACAGGACAUUCCAUGGUUUGUGGGAUACUUCACUUCAUUUGUGCUUAUGGAUUUGUUUGUGAGAAGUAAAUAAAUGAAUUGCAUUUAAUGGU